CGUUAACAGUUAUUGCUCGCAUAAACCAGGCCUUACACUUGGCAAACAUAUUCACAGUAUGACGUAAGUAGUGUGUCAAUCAAAGAUAAACAAAGAUAAUAAAACUGACAGGUAAAAUAGCAUAGGCUCGAAUAAGAAGCUGUGAAGAUAACAGUUAAAAUUCAAAACAAUGUUUAUGUGUCUGACUUACGGCAUUGUGUUCAGCUAUACGACAAAUAAGAUAAACGUGUGUUACAUCUCUCGACAACAUUUAAAAACUUUAAGUUCUUCACAAUCGCCGUUAGUAGUACUAAACUAUUAGCUGUUUUUCAUAUAAGAUUACAAAAUAUAAACAACAAUGAACCAGGACAAACCUUCGACUUCUUUCGAAGGCAAACCUAGAAAAAGAUCUCACAGUAAGGUAGACCUUGAAGUAGAAAGUGAUAAAACAAAACAGCACGACCACGAUGUGCCGAUACAAGACAAAAAGACAAAAGAACAACAAACACCAAAAUAUAUUCUUGACUUCCCAGAUGAAGUUCUUUUAUGUAUAUUUAAAAAUGUAGACCCAACCGAUUUAAAUAAUCUCAGAUUAUGUUGCACAAGAUUUGCAAGACUAGCGGCAGAUAAACUUUUAUGGAGUUUGGACUAUCGCAAAACUCCUAUACUUCCUUCUCAAAUGAAGCCGUAUGAAACUUUCCUAAAACCAUUAACAUACAGCUUAGCAAUACGUGGAGAUUUCAAACAUGGCAGUGAAAAUAUUCUUUCACCUUCUUUUUUUAUUAAACUACGACAAAUAUGCAGANUACUUAGCAAAUUGAUUAUUGAAGAGUAUUAUAUUCCUACAACUAUGGAUUCGCCAGAGACGUCAACAACUCUUGAGACCCUUGAAUUCAAAAAUUGUGUAGCAGAUGUUAAGUUAACUGGUGUCACAUUUUUUGCGCCCACUUUUUUUCCUGGAGUAUGUAGGUUCGUACCCUACGUAAAACGUCUUNUUGCCGAAAACAAAGUUAAAGAAAUAAUCACUUGCAGAAACAAUUCGUUUUUAAACUAUUUGUUGUCAAAUAUUAGUUGCUAUAUAAAUAGAUUUACAAAUUUGAAGAUAUUACAUAUAAGACAUUAUUCGCAAGUUACAAGACCAGUUAUCGAUAUUAUGGCGUCGACAUUACCAAACUUAAUAGAGUUGGAUAUAACUGGAUGUUCUGUAACUCUGGAGGAUGUUAAACACUUUAAAUCACAAAGACUUAAUGUUAAAACUUAUUCAUCAUUUAGUUCACAACAUACACGAUAUAUGCCUAAGAGUAAAUGAGUAUUCAGACGACGUUAAUGUNAUAUAGAUUAUAAAAGAAAUGAGUUAGAAACGAAAAUCGUUUCCUAUCCCGAUAAAAAGUAAUACUUGAUAGUGCAAUUAUCUGAGUAAUUAUAAUGAAACUGUAAUUANCNUACCUGAAAAAAGUAAUUA